UGAAGAUUCAGAACAACCAAAAAAGAAGAAGAAGAAGAAGAAAAAAAGCGGAAGUUGAAAGAGAAAACCCAGACUCGUACAUCUGACAAUGCAGCAUGUAGUGAUAAAAGUGUCACAGCUAAUAAACAGAAGAUGCACUCCAACAUUUCAAAAGGAGCCAAACAGACUGGUGACAGCAUGUCAACUACUUGGCUUAAGAAAGCUGGAAAGAUUGUUCCCAUGAAUAACAUUAUUGACUUGAACACGGACUGUGAUGCAGUAGACACCAGCACAUCUGAGAGCAAUAAGAAGAACAGAAAAAGGAAGAACUCAGAUGCAUCUGCUGAACAUAGAAAAAAAUCGAAGAAAGGAAAAUGGAAUAUCACAGACAAAGAUGAAGCUAAACUGGAGACAGAUACACCUGCAGUAGAAACUGUAUCGCCUGCUAAAGUAUUAUCAGAUAUGUCAGCCUGGAAAAAACUUUUUGUACCAGUUCCAGUUUUGAAGGCUCUUAGAGAUCAAGGUUUUACAGCUCCAACUACUAUUCAAGCUUUUGCACUUCCAUCGGCAAUCCGUGAUCAUCUUGAUAUCAUUGGAGCUGCUGAAACGGGCAGUGGAAAAACUCUUGCGUUUGGUAUUCCUAUUCUUAAUCAUAUUCUGACUUUCAAAGAAAAACAAAACUCUGAACUGUCUGUAGAUUGUGAAAGGGAAGACAACUCUGCACAGGAUCAGAUUUUUAAAAAUGACUCUGAUGACACUGGGUCUGACUCGGGUUUAGAAGUUCAAGGUGACAGUGGGUCAGAUGAAGAAUCUUUGAACAGUGAAAGUGAGGCAGGUAACACGGUUAUUGAUCUUGACAACAUACCGAUUCCAAGUAAAACAGUCGCUGAUGAAAGUGAUGACAGUGAACUGUUUGACAACCCUCCAGAAGAGGACGAAACCAUUGAGAUUGAGGACGAUCAACUUGGAUGUACCAGAGUAAUGAACGACGUAGAUUUUGUGGAUGACAUGGAAAUAGAAGAACCCACAGAAAAAGCUGAGACUUCAAAACCGUUACUGGCCUUGAUACUAGAGCCAACCCGAGAACUGGCCAUUCAAGUUAAGAACCAUCUGAUGGCUGCAGCUAAAUACACAGACAUUCAGAUUGCGACAGUAGUUGGUGGAAUGUCUACAGAAAAACAACAAAGAAUACUUCGACGCUGUCCCGAAAUAGUGAUUGCGACACCUGGACGUCUGUGGGAACUUAUUCAGGAGCGGGAACCUCACCUGUCUAAAAUUGAAGGAGUCCACCAGCUGGUCAUUGACGAGGCAGAUCGGAUGGUUGAGAAAGGACAUUUUGAGGAACUCACAGGGAUCUUGCAGCUCGUUAACUCUAAAGAGAAUUCUAAAAACAAGUCCAAGCGACAGACGUUUGUAUUCUCGGCAACGUUAACCAUGCUACACAGCGGACCCCAGCGACAUCUUGGCAAGAAGAAGACGAAAGAAAAGAUGGAUGUUAAACUAAAACUAGAAAGACUUAUGACAAGAAUCGGCAUCAAAGAACGGCCAAAAGUGAUAGAUGUGACAAGAAAAACUGGAACGGCAGAAACCCUGACUGAAGCUAGAAUCAACUGCACCACAAAUGAGAAGGACAUCUACCUAUACUACUUUCUGAAGCAGCAUCCCGGCAGAACACUUGUGUUUGCCAACAGUAAAGACUGUAUUCGCCGUCUCGUCUCCAUCUUUACUCUACUCGGGUGUCACCCACUGCCUCUACAUGCUGACAUGCAUCAGAGACAGCGCCUGAAAAACCUGGACAAAUUUACAGGAAACAAGAUGAGUUUGUUACUGGCGUCUGAUGUGGCUGCCCGUGGUUUGGACAUCCCUAAUGUGGAUCAUGUGGUUCACUACCAGGUCCCACCGACAAUCGAGAAUUACGUUCAUCGCAGUGGGCGGACUGCACGGGCCUCCAGGGAAGGCCUCAGUGUCAUGCUGGUUGGUCAGGAAGAUGUCAGGAACUACAGGAAAAUAAUAGCCAAUCUUAACAAGAGUGAGGACAUUUCUGUGUUUCCAGUUGAGAUGCAGUACAUACCGGCUCUAACCGCUCGUGUAGCCAUAGCUAGAAAGAUUGAUAUUCAGGAGCUCAGGUUUAAAAAGAAAAAGCUUCAUAAUGAAUGGUUUCAGAAAGCUGCUGAAGAAAUGGACCUGGCACUAGAUGAAAGUCAACUCCUGGACAUGGGCGACACACAGGAACAGAAGCAGCACCAGCAGCAGUUGAAGCAGAUGCGGUCGGAGCUGUCCAUGCUGCUCAAACAGUCGCUCGUACCCAGAACCUUCUCCGGAAAAUACCCCACUCGCAUGGGCAUGCUGGUCCUGCCCACGUCAAAAGAGGCUGAUGCUAUUACAAAGGUGAAGAAAGACUUGCCAAGCCAGCAGAACAUGAUGAGACAAAUUGCAGCUAAACAAAAGCUGAUAAAUAAAAAAAAUGUUAAAACAAAAACAAAGAAAUUCAAAAGUAAAAAGCAGAAAUAAAUUAGUAAGAA